GCGGGGCGCAGGGUGCAGCACCUCGGAGCUGGCCGGGCGCGGCUCGCCCACCGGAGCGCCGCUGCUGCCAGUCGCGCACCACACGCCGCUCUCGCCGCGCGUUCCGUUGCAUCACUGCACCAAGACACGAGUUCGUCUACCAACGUAACUCUACCCCAUCAUUAUAUCAUUUCGUCGAUACGGACGACAUUUACCUCCGGGUUCAUAACCACCUGUAAUCGGGAAUAUAGGUGCGUGCCACAAAUGAUCGUCGCUAAUUAAGCCGAUCGGCAGCAGGCACCCAAAUAAUUGGCGUGGAGCAAGCUCACGAAGCGCAGCCCGCGACGGGCGCCCCUUCAAUUAGUGGCACCUGUCGGACACGCGCCGCGCAUUAAUUCGCACUCGCAUAAAUGCACCCGCAAAAAAUUCCAAAAUAAACUGGAACCGAUGCACCUGCGGCAAUCAGCGGCCUCCGCGGACCAGCCAGACGCGAGUUACGCGCCCGAACACUUCCGUGCAGGAUCUAGUCGCGCAGAGCUUCCCUGGAGAUAUGAUCAUGCUAUUCAAGGGCAACAGUAGUAGGCUGGAGCACCUCAUUGAGAAAAUCCAAGCGAACAAAGAAAACCACGACGUCACUUCAGAGGACAUAAAAGAGGCGCUGGGCAGCGUGGGCAGCACGGCGGGCAGCUCUUGGCCGUCGUCGACGCCGGAGCCGUCGCCGUCGCCGGCGUCCACGCCGACCUCCGCCGACGCGGCCGACGCCGAGGCCGAGCCGCCCUUCACACUAGGAGCCACCGAGCACACGCCUUACCAAUGCCAGUUUUGCGAUAAAGCCUUCCCGAGGCUUUCUUAUCUCAAGAAACAUGAACAGACACAUUCGGAUCAGAUGCCGUUCCGUUGCGAAUUUUGCUCGCGACUGUUCAAGCACAAGCGUUCUCGUGACCGCCACGUCAAGCUACACACCGGCGACCGCAAGUAUCGGUGUGCGCACUGCGAGUCCGCCUUCUCCAGGAGUGACCAUUUAAAGAUUCACAUGAAGACACACGACAACCAGAAGCCGUUCCAGUGCACUGUGUGUAACCGUGGGUACAACACGGCCGCCGCGCUGACGUCACACAUGCAAGGUCACAAGAGGGACCGCGAGGGCCGCGAGCCCGACAGACGCAGGGCCCUGCGCUGCCUGCGCUGCGGGGACGCCUUCCGACGCCCUGACCUGCUACAGGCUCACAUGGCAACCGCACAUGGCGUCGAUGCUGCAGCCAUGACACCUCCGCGACGAGUGGCUUCCCAACCCCCGCCUACACUCCUCGCCUGCAUCUACUGCACGCGAGACACCUUCACAAGCAUGGAGCAGUUGCAACUGCAUGUGCGUGCGGCGCACUCAGCCUUGCUAAAUGGUGAAGGACCCGUUCAAGUUGAUCAACCGGUACCGACUGAUCUGAGUCGCCGAGCAACUGAAGAUGCUCCACCAGUAAAACGUCCACGCUCUGGUUCUGGAACACCACAAACAACUCUUUCCCCGAGCACAUUGCUUUGCAAUCAAUGUGACGCUGCGCUACCAGAUUUUGAGGCGUUCCGAGCUCAUUUGAAAGGCCAUCUCGAAGAAGGAGGUGAGCUGGGACGAUCGAGCCCAGCUCCUUGCGUCCACUGCGGCGCUACAUUUGCCGAUGCCGCUGCCUCUGAACGUCAUCUCACUGCUCAUUAUUUAGCUGUCUCGUGCGAAUACACUUGUCACAGUUGCGCUAGAAGCUUUUCUACUCCGGAUGAUCUUCAGAAACAUUUGCUGGAACUGCACGCCCAUCAUCUAUACCGUUGCGCCCUUUGCAAAGAAAUCUUUGACUCAAAAGUUGCAAUUCAGGUACACUUCGCGGUGGCGCAUAGUGGAGAAAACAAAGUUUGGGUUUGUCGUUCGUGUGGCGCGGGCGCCGGUGCCCUCCGCUCCGAAGCUGAAGGUGCGGCUCAUGUCCGCACGCGCCACGCUGCCACAGCGCCGCGCUGCGCCUGCGGUGCCUUGCUGGGCAGCGGCGUCUCAGCAAGGACUCCGCGACCACAUCGCGCCUACAGAUGCCCGGUACCGGCAUGCAAUGACGCGUUUGCUGUGCAGUACCUUCUUGAAAGACAUAUGCAGGCGCAUCAUGCGAUUCAACAACAGGUUUUGAAUGGAGAAAUAAACAGACCGAAAAGAAUGGAAACCAGUAACGGUGGCGAUGGAGGCGAUGAUGCUCGGUCGCCAUGCACUCCUGGAGCUGAAAACGGCGGCGUUACAACAGCUGUAGUGGCUGCAGGGGAAGAGCGACGGCGGAAGAACGGAGCUGUAGCGUUGCAGUGCGCUUACUGCGGGGAACGUACUCGCAGUCGUGCGGAACUCGAAGCCCACACACGUGCUCAUUCUGGCGCUGCCGCAGCUCGCCAUAAGUGUCUGAUUUGUGAUGAAGUGCUGCCGUCAGCUGCGGUUCUCGCAGAGCACAAGCUGACUCAUUGCAAGGUGAUAUCUGGUGACACAUGUUCAAGAUGUCGCGCUCGGCUGCUUUCUGAGGAAUCUUUUCUCGGACACAUGGCGCGGCACCAUCCUGCUUUACCUGCACCGUGUGUUGUGUGCCGACAAACAUUGGCCUCUGAGGCGGAGGCGCGCCUGCAUGCCCGUUUCCACCUUCGGCCAGGCGAAGAUGAACAGAGAUGCGCCAUAUGUCUCCGAGCUUUGCCAGAAGGAGAGGCGGGAGAAGGUGCCCGCGCUUGUUCCGCUUGUUACGCGCGACAUGCUGCACCGCGUCCACCUCCCCCAGCAGACCAUGACUGUCGUCUGUGUCGACGAGCCCUCGGCUCUCCGACUCGUCUUCAAGCACAUCUUAUUGAACACACGUUUGCGGGUAUAGGUGCGUUCACGUGUUACCUAUGUUCAGCCGUAUUUACAAGCGCGGCGGGUCUGCAACGCCAUCUACCCGAACACGCAGCUGCACCUCGGCCUUACGACUGCGCACGUUGCGGCCUAAAGUUCUUCUUCCGAGCUGAAUUAGAUAACCAUGCCUUUGUUCACUUAGAAGAAGCAGAGAUAGCACAGAGAGCUUUUUACGAAGCAUAUGCCCGAGGUGCUGCCACGGCUUGGGCAGCUCUAGCGCCACCAGAGCCACGAACAUCUCCACCACAAGCAGAAGUAAAGCGUGAGCCAGAGAUAAAAGAGGAACGCGGGACGGACGAAUACAUAGAAGUAUCGUCACCGCCGCCCGCACAGCCCCCUCCCGCCGUCGCCGCACCGCCGUCGCCUGCACCCGUAGUGAAGCAAGAGAAGCCAGAUGAAGAGUGACGAGGCUAGCACAUAAGUAAAUGUCGUCCCUGACGCGGGCCUGGACCCCGCUGCAAUACUAGAUUACGUCCGUACGAGCUAUUAUAAGUGGUUAGGUUCGUUAAAGGUUAGUCGUUAAAGUUUUGCGUUCAGAACGCUGUAUUUCCAGUAAGUAGUUCGUACCUAUCGUUUAUGUUGGCUAGAAGUAUGUUUUAUAAUGUUUACAUGGCUAUUUGUAUUAACUGUUAACUUAAUAUA